CCAUUUCUCUCAUAUGCUUCAAACACCAACUUCAUCAAAAUGCAGGCAGUUCUUCACUUUGCACCAUCAUCCACCCCCUUAUUCACACCAUUCAAAACCUCAACUCCGUCAUGGAAGUUGGCUCAUAGGCCACAGAUCACUUUCCGAUGUCCCCCGGUCAAUGUCACCGUCGCGACCUACGACAAUCCAGCAGUUGAUUAUAACUCCAAGAACUCUGUUUUCCCAGCAGAAGCUUGUGAGACAAUUGGAGGAGAAGCUUGUGAUGCGGAAAUGUACCCUGAAGUGAAGCUGAAGCCAGAGACAAAGAACAACAAGACCAAGGCCACCUCGGAGUUGGUUGAUAGAGAGUAUCUUGAGUACGAUGGUCCAAAGACGGUGUUUCCAGCAGAGGCUUGUGAUGAUCUGGGAGGAGAAUUCUGUGAGCCUGAAUAUCAAAGUGGAGUAUACAAGUAGAUAAUGAUGUACAUAUAAAAUAUGCAGUUGUAAUCUUAGUGUUUUUUUUUUUUUUUUUAA